CCGUGCGGCGGGGGCGGCGGCUGCGGGGGCCGAGGGGCGGUAGGACGCUGACCCCGCCCCCUGCUGCCGGCAGUCUGCGCCGGGCGGCGGUGGCUGCGGAGCCCCGAACAUGGCGGCGGCGGCGCGCAGCUUCGGGCCGGAGCGGGAGGCCGAGCCGGCCAAGCAGGCGCGCGUCGCAGGCUCCGAGCUCGUGGACACGUAUACGGUUUACAUCAUCCAGGUCACUGAUGGCAGCCAUGAGUGGACAGUCAAACACCGCUACAGCGACUUCCAUGACCUGCAUGAAAAGCUUGUUGCAGAGAGAAAGAUUGAUAAAAAUCUACUUCCGCCUAAAAAGAUAAUUGGGAAAAACUCAAGAAGCUUGGUGGAGAAGAGGGAAAAGGAUCUGGAGGUCUACCUUCAGACGCUCCUAACUGCCUUCCCUGGCGUGGCCCCCCGAGUGCUGGCCCACUUCUUGCAUUUUCACUUCUAUGAGAUAAAUGGCAUCACUGCGGCACUGGCUGAAGAGCUCUUUGAAAAAGGAGAACAGCUCCUGGGGGCUGGCGAGGUCUUUGCCAUCGGGCCCCUACAGCUCUAUGCGGUCACCGAGCAGCUGCAUCAGGGAAAGCCCACGUGCACCAGCGGGGAUGCCAAGACUGACCUUGGGCACAUCCUGGACUUCACUUGUCGCCUUAAGUACCUUAAGGUCUCUGGCACAGAAGGACCUUUUGGGACCAGCAACAUUCAGGAGCAGCUCCUGCCGUUUGAUCUGUCAAUAUUCAAGUCUCUUCAUCAGGUGGAGAUAAGUCACUGUGAUGCUAAGCACAUCCGAGGGCUGGUGGCAUCGAAGCCCACCUUAGCCACAAUGAGCGUCCGCUUCUCAGCAACCUCCAUGAAGGAAGUCCUUGUUCCUGAAGCCUUGGAAUUUGAUGAAUGGGAGCCAGAAGGCACAGCCCUCGAAGGCCCUGUGACUGCCGUCAUCCCCACCUGGCAAGCACUGACCACUCUCGACCUGAGCCACAACAGCAUCUCUGAGAUCGACGAGUCUGUGAAACUGAUCCCAAAGAUUGAAUUCCUGGACCUGAGUCACAAUGGGGUGCUGGUCGUGGACAAUCUACAGCACCUGUACAACCUCGUGCAUCUGGACCUCUCCUACAACAAGCUCUCCUCCUUGGAAGGGGUUCACACCAAACUGGGGAACAUCAAGACCCUGAACCUGGCAGGCAACCUCCUGGAGAGUCUGAGUGGCCUGCACAAGCUCUACUCCCUGGUCAACCUGGAUCUCUGUGACAACAGAAUCGACCGGAUGGAAGAGGUCAGGAGCAUAGGCAGCCUCCCCUGUCUGGAGCACGUGGCUCUGCUGAACAACCCUCUGAGCAUCAUCCCUGACUACCGGACCAAGGUGCUCGCUCAGUUCGGAGAGAGGGCCUCCGAGGUCUGUCUGGAUGACACGGUGACCACAGAGAAAGAGCUGGACACCGUGGAAGUGCUAAAAGCAAUUCAGAAAGCCAAGGAGGUCAAGUCCAAAUUGAGCAACCCAGAGAAGAAGGGUGGUGAGGAUUCUCGGCUGUCAGCUGCCCCCUGCAUCAGACCCAGCGGCUCCCCCACCACUGUGGCUCCCGCCUCUGCCUCCCUGCCCCAGCCCAUCCUCUCUAACCAAGGAAUCAUGUUCGUGCAGGAGGAGGCCUUGGCCAGCAGUCUCUCAUCCACCGACAGUCUGACUCCCGAGGACCAGCCCAUUGCCCAGGGAUGCUCUGAUUCCUUGGAAUCCAUCCCUGCAGGACAGGCAGCUUCUGAUGACUUCAGGGGUGUGCUGGGAGCUGUUGGCGGUGCAAGCAUGGAGCACGCAGAGCCAGAGGUCCAGGUGGUGCCCGGAUCUGGCCAGAUCAUCUUCCUGCCCUUUACCUGCAUUGGCUACACAGCCACCAACCAGGACUUUAUCCAGCGCCUGAGCACGCUGAUCCGGCAGGCCAUUGAGCGCCAGCUGCCUGCCUGGAUUGAGGCCGCCAACCAGCGAGAGGAGGGCCAGGGCGAGCAGGGCGAGGAGGAGGAUGAAGAGGAGGAUGUAGCUGAGAACCGCUACUUUGAAAUGGGGCCCCCAGACGUGGAGGAUGAGGAGGAAGGAGGCCGGGAGGAGGACGAGGACGAGGAAGAUGAAGAAGCUGAGGAGGAGCGCCUGGCUCUGGAGUGGGCUCUGGGUGCUGACGAGGACUUCCUGCUGGAGCACAUCCGCAUCCUCAAGGUGCUGUGGUGCUUCCUGAUCCACGUGCAGGGCAGCAUCCGCCAGUUUGCUGCCUGCCUCGUGCUCACUGACUUCGGCGUUGCUGUCUUCGAGAUCCCGCACCAGGAGUCCCGAGGCAGCAGCCAGCACAUUCUCUCGUCCCUGCGCUUCGUCUUCUGCUUCCCACACGGUGACCUCACCGAAUUUGGCUUCCUCAUGCCAGAGCUGUGCUUGGUGCUCAAGGUGCGGCACAGUGAGAACACGCUCUUCAUCAUCUCUGACGCCACCAACCUGCAUGAGUUUCAUGCGGACCUGCGCUCGUGCUUCGCCCCCCAGCACAUGGCCAUGCUGUGCAGCCCCAUCCUGUACGGCAGCCACACCAGCCUGCAGGAGUUCCUGCGCCAGCUGCUUACCUUCUACAAGGUGGCUGGGGGCUGCCAGGAGCGCAGCCAGGGCUGCUUCCCUGUGUACCUGGUCUACAGCGACAAACGCAUGGUACAGACAGCCGCUGGGGACUACUCGGGUAACAUCGAGUGGGCCAGCUGCACACUCUGCUCGGCUGUGCGGCGCUCUUGUUGUGCUCCCUCUGAGGCUGUCAAGUCUGCCGCCAUCCCCUACUGGCUGCUGCUCACGCCCCAGCACCUCAACGUCAUCAAGGCUGACUUCAACCCCAUGCCCAACCGUGGCACCCACAACUGCCGCAAUCGCAACAGCUUCAAGCUCAGCCGGGUGCCGCUCUCCACUGUGCUGCUGGACCCCACACGCAGCUGCACCCAGCCACGGGGCGCCUUUGCUGAUGGCCACGUGCUGGAGCUGCUCGUGGGCUACCGCUUUGUCACUGCCAUCUUCGUGCUGCCCCAUGAGAAGUUCCACUUCCUGCGCAUCUACAACCAGCUGCGGGCCUCGUUGCAGGACCUGAAGACUGUGGUCAUUGCCAAGACCCCCAUGACUGGGGCCAGGUCCCAGGGCCCCCUCAUCGAUGGCCAGCCUGCCAAGGGCAGGGCCAGCAAUGACCAGCAUCCCCAGAAGGCCCCGCCAGAGGCCCUGGCCCCAGUGGAAAUUCCAGCACCAGGCCCAGCAAAGAUACCAGUCCCAACGGAUGCCUUGGCCCCAGCUCCAGCCCCAGCAGAGACCCCAGAGAAGGCCUCGGCUCCAGCUUCAGCCCCAGCCCCAGCCCCAACCCCAGCAGAGGCCUCCACUCCAGCUUUGGUCUCAGAGGAGGCCCCAGCAGAGACCCCGGCUCCAGCUCCAGCUGCAACAGAGGUCUUGGCACAAGCUGAGGCUCCCACCCUGUACCCGAGCAAACAGCUGAUCCAGUCCACUUCAGAGGAGAAUCAGAUCCCCUCACACUUGCCUGCCUGCCCGUCACUCCAGCACAUCGCCAGCCUGCGGGGGAACGCCGUCAUCGAGCUCUUCCAUAGCAGCAUUGCCGAGGUGGAAAAUGAGGAGCUGAGGCACCUCAUGUGGUCUUCAGUGGUGUUCUACCAGACCCCAGGGCUGGAAGUGACCGCCUGCGUGCUGCUCUCUACCAAGGCUGUGUACUUCGUGCUGCAUGAUGGCCUCCGCCGCUACUUCUCGGAGCCGCUGCAGGAUUUCUGGCAUCAGAAAAACACCGACUAUAAUAACAGUCCCUUCCACAUCUCCCAGUGCUUUGUUCUAAAACUCAGCGACCUGCAGUCAGUCAAUGUUGGGCUUUUCGACCAGUAUUUCCGGCUGACGGGCUCCUGCCCAGCACAGGUGGUCACGUGCUUGACGCGGGACAGCUACCUGACCCACCGCUUCCUCCAGCACCUCCUGGCCGUGCUCUCCUCGCUGGAGCGCACGCCCUCACCUGAGCCUGUCGACAAGGACUUCUACUCAGAAUUUGGGAACAAGACCACAGGGAAGAUGGAGAAUUACGAGCUUAUCCACUCAAGCCGUGUCAAAUUCACCUACCCCAGCGAGGAGGAGAUUGGGGACCUGACAUUCACCGUGGCCCAGAAGAUGGCUGACCUGGAGAAUGCCCCGGCCCUCAGCAUCCUGCUGUACGUGCAGGCCUUCCAGGUGGGCACACCGUCAGCUGGGCGCUGCAGGGGCCCACUGCGCCCAAAGACACUCCUGCUUACCAGUGUCGAGAUCUUUCUCCUGGAUGAGGACUACAUCCAUUACCCACUGCCCGAGUUUGCCAAAGAGCCUCCACAGAGAGACAGGGCCAUGACCUCAUGGGCAGUGUCACCCUGGACCACUUCGGGGAGGUGCCAGGUGGCCCAGCCAGGGCUGGCCAGGGCCAGGAAGUCCAGUGGCAGGUGUUUGUCCCCAGCGCUGAGAGCCGAGAGAAGCUCAUCUCACUGCUGGCCCGCCAGUGGGAGGCCCUCUGCGGCCGCGAGCUGCCCGUUGAGCUCACCGGCUAGCCCGGGCUAUGGCCAGCCCUUGCCGUCUGCCGUGUCCACCCUGGCGCCUACUUGGGGCAGGGAGGCGAGCUUUCUUUGUCCUCCUAAAAAUGUUUUCUCCUCCCUUUUGGUACCUUAAUUUGACUGUCCUCAGAGAGAAUGGAAGGUGCGUGUUCAGUUUAAUUCUUUCCACUGUUGGGAGUGAGAACACAGGGCCCCUCCAGGGCUGUUGUAUGCCAUCACCCUCCUGUGGGUGCAUUACCAGCCCCUGGAGUGGCAUGGCCGGGCACACCAGUGUCGUAUCUUGUCAUAGUACUGUUGUUAACACGUGGCACUGUGGAUCUGAUUUACUGUUUUACUUGUCCUUUCCUGAAGUGUCAAGUCCAGUUCUUUGUUGCUGUUGCAUCGUUGUGGGCGUUCUGCUGCUAAUUAUGAAGCUGAUAACAGAAUGCACAUUGGAAGCUCCCACCCCGUGUGGUUUUUCCAAGUGGAGGCUUCCCCUGGUCCAGACAAGCGGGAGAGCCCCGUGAGGGCAGGGGUCUCCCAGGCUUUGGGGCUGAGAGGGGUGGUGGGAGCAGGGGACCUAAAGCUGCUAGCACCAAACGUGAUUCCUGUUGCCUAUUUUCUCUAUUCCAAUAAAGCAGUU